GCAAAACCCAAUGGAUAUGGAGCCAACAGAGGAGGUGCUGUGAGACCUCAACCAGGUGGUGAACAUGGACCGGUUCACAAAGGAUAUGGAGCUCGGCCCAACGGUCAUGGAGUUAGAAAUGGUGCUGCACUUGGUGGAUAUGGACGCAAACCCAACGGCUAUGGUGGUCCAGCUGGUGUGCCUAAGGGACAGUUGCCUAAAGCAGCUAAUGCUGGCUAUGGCGUGAUGCCGAAUACGGAGGGUACAAAGAGUGCAGGUGAGUCGAAUGAAAAGGGCCUGAAAGUUGGAGUUGUCCCUCCUGAGGAUGUUGUUGCUCCGCCUCAAGCAGAACCUCAAGGUCCGGCACCGGUUUCCCUCGAGCCGACGAGUGGCAUCGUUGUUAUGGUGACGCGAGAUAAAUACUUAAAGCUGCCGUCGCCUGUGCCAAAAGGAAAAAGCUACAAACAGACACCAGUAAUCAUUGAGACCACACCAGAACCAGCGAUUCUUCAAGGCAAAGGCCCAACACCUGCAUCUGAACCAACACCUGAACCAGCAGCCACGGGCCCGAAGGGCAAGGGUCCGAAGGCUGCCCCAUCCGGACCGGCACCAGUGGUUCCCCAGACUAAUCCAGCAGCAGAGCUGGAAGCCGCCCCCCCUCAAGAGAACGGAGGAGGAGCUUCGAUCCCCAAGGGACACGGAGCGAAACCAACAAAAUCUGACUGCGUACCAUCAGGAGUACCAAAUGGACAAUGGAUGAAAAUACCACGAUCUGGUCAUAAUGCAGGUGCUGGAGCCACUGGCACCAACACAAAAGGAUACGGAGCAGGAGCCGGUGUUCCAAACGGAUAUGGUGCUCAACCCAACCGCCAUGCUGCCGGAGAGGGGGGGUAUUCAAACGGAGGCGGAGCUAAAGCAAACAAACCAGGUCACGGAGCAGGAGGCUACCCGCUACCUGGCCGCGGCGAUGGAAACGCAGGCCUUGGAUAUCCUUAUGCAGGGAAACCGAAGCAACCUAGUUUCGGACAAGGGGCGUACCUCGGGGCCGGAUAUAGAAACUCAUAUGGAGGGAAUGGAAAUGGCUAUGGAGCUGGUGUCCAACCGGACUACGCAAGUCUUGGCCACGGUGCUAACAAAAACUCAGGUGGCGCCAGACGGAUGCCGUACAACGGAGCCCCGCUGGAUGGAAUGAGCCCGUUUGAGCCUCAGUCCGCUGGCCUCGGUCCGCAUGGAAAAUUAGGCAGCAUGUUUGGAAUGGGAGCGGAGAAAUCAAACAACAAGUACGGCAUUGGUGGCUUGCAAUUCGGUGGACAACCCCCCAACACAGAGGGGAAGUAUGGUUAUGGUGGGAGCCCCUAUGGGCCGGCUGGAGAUGGCAAAUCACCGAGAAAAUACGGUGGUGUUGAUGUCGGCAUGGGAGGGGAUCCUGCUCCCGCUCAGUAUGGGUACGGCGGGUUCCCCAACGCUGGGCAGCUUCUUCGUCUCGCCAGUAAUGGAAAUGCAGCCGGAAAAUAUGGUUAUGGAAGAAUGCCGUAUGAAACUCAACAAGGCCUAAGGCCUGAAGCCAUAUCCACUGGCAGCUAUGGUAUGGCUGGGUCACCAUAUCAGCACGAACCUCUCGGACGGCACGGAAAGUUAACAGGCAAAUACGGUGGUGGUGAAGUUCCCUAUGCACCACAAGCUUUUGGUUUUAGGACUGAAGCAAACCCCUUUGAGCAAUAUGCCAACCAGGGGCCGUAUCCGUCGCAGCCCCUUGGAUCUGCUCCUGAAAGCAGAUCCGGUGGACAAUAUGACGCGGCCGGUUCGCCGUAUGACCCCCUGCCAGUCGAGCCAGAUUCAGCCGUCAUCUCUUACAUGAACGGAGACGCUCAGACGCCAGCGGCCGCAGUCGAAGGCGACGGGACGUCCAUCGAUGCGUACGGAAAUGUGGGCUAUAUAAAUGGACAAGUGCAGCCAGAAGUUGUUGCGUUCCCUGCAGCUCCCACUGCCAGCCCCACCCUGGCGUACCCCUCCGUCGCCGAAGCUCUGCCUGUGGAGGCCAUCACGCCCGACGCGGUGCCUGAAGCGGGCGUCGAGGACCGGCCUGAAGCGGGCGUCGAGGACCGGUCUGAACCCGCUCUCGACUUUGGACCCCCUGCAGAAUCGCAGGGCGUGGCUCAGGCGCCCGAGCAACCGGAUGAGCCGCUUCACCAGCAGCAGCAGCAGCAGCCGCCACGCCAGAUACACAUCCAGCAGCAUCUCAAGCUGCAUUUUCAACCACAAGGAGAGAAAAAGAAUGGCAAAUAUGACCUGAAUGGCUUCUUUGGGAACAGUGGCUAUCAAGAGAAGAGCCCAAUCCAACGAGAAGCAGACGGCCGUCCAGCCAUCGCUGCUCUGCUUCUCCAUGCAGGUUAACCUGCAGACCACCACGAGCAGCAUACGCUCUGUUAUAUUAUCUUUGAAUGUUUCCUAUCUGUAUAAUAUUAUUUUAUUCUAUUUGUUGAGUUAUGGUAUUUUUGUGUUUGUUAGAAAUAAAACAGCAUUUAAACAUUUAGAGUUUUCUGAUAUCUGUAUGCACCGCUGGAUGAUCUUGUUGUCCUGCUCACUCAGAGGAUUGGAUGUUGGGGACGUGGAGUUUGCCUGUUUAUUGUCACCGUUUUGAUUGAAUGUCAGUUUUGCCUGAUAAAAAUGAACACUCAUAAUUCAGUUUUUUUUGUAUUACACUUGUGGGAAACAUCUGUUUAUCACUGUACAGAAUGUGAUUGAAUAAAAACCAUCAGU